AUGCUGAUUCUCAUCCAAGAAUCUCAGAUCGUUGACGCUCGACCUUUGAAAUCUUUGGGGAUCUCUAGUGUCCCGAAUAAAAUUGGUGGUCGCGGUUUGAACAUUUCAAGCAAGUUAGAGACAGAAGAUCAUUCCUUGGAUGCGUUCCGGCCUACCAAACCCGGGAAUAGUCCUGGAAUCGGGCACUAGUUAUAUGUUGUUGUGAAAAAGAAAGAUGAUGAUAGUUUUUUUUAGACAUUUACUUGUCACAAAGUAAGUGUUGUUGUGGGUGCGUCAUGUAUUUGCUGGGGUUUCUAUGUAUUGCUCGUUGUGUUUCCGUGAUUGUGAUCCAUCACGCUUGAAUUUUAAUAUAAUCGCUUCUUG